AACAGGAAGUGAAGAGGAGGUGAUUCUGUAGCAGAGCUGCUUUCAGACGACUCUGUCUAGUCGUAGCAGCUGAACCAUCAUGGAGCUGCUGGGGAAGAUCAUGCUGCUGGUUCUGGUGCUGGUUCUGGUCUCUGCAGAGGACCAGAACGUGACGGUCAAAGGAGAGCUGGGUGGAGAUGUCACUCUGAACUGCUCCAUCAGGAAUAAAGACAUCCACUGGUUCAUGGAGAUCCACCACCAGCUCAAAGGAUACAUCGGACGUACUUUUUCCUUUGAUACCGAGUACUCAACUCCUGAUUUUGAAACCAAAUAUUUAAUCCAAGAAAACAGACUUGUGAUUAAAAACCUCACAGCAGAAGACUUCAGACGUUACUUCUGUGCAGAGAAGAAGGAGAGAAAGACUAUAUUUGUGGACACUUUCAACCUCACCUCAGUUCCAGUUGUGCCUUCUACUCCGAAUGAGGACUCGAACCACCACACAGGAACCACAGACAAACCAGGAACCACAUGCAAACAAGGAACCAGAGACAUCAGAACGUGGCAGAAGGAGCCGAUUGUUCUCGGCUCGUUCUGUCUGAACAUCGUCAUGGCUUUAGUUUUCGUAGGUUUGACUUGUCGGUACUUCAGGAGGAAGAGGAGCAGCUGCAGGAUGAAGGAUCCUUCAUGUUUCACCCCAGAGAACCCGGAGACGCUGGAAAAUCCUCAGUACGAGGAGAUCGAGCUGCCUCCAUCCAGACCUCCACCGGAGUGUAUUUACAGCAAAAUCCAGCAUCCCUGCUGACCCGCUGCUGACUGACACACACCUGCUUAGGUGGACGAGGCCACGGCUUCAAUGAGAGACAAUGGUUUCCUGCUCCAGCAUCUCUGGACUGAUGGGAGGACUGCGAACAUCCAGAAACUUGAUGAACGUCUAACAAAGUCUUGGUACCAUUUAGUUCUAGUUCCCAGGAGAUGAACCUGGAGGGAACUUUUCAGUUUAAGGUAGUUAAACUAUUCAAGGAGGCUGGGAUUCCUGAUGGGCUGCAGGCAGCUGCUACAUUUAUUAAAGGUUUGAUAGCAUCGCUUCAUUUCUGUUAAUGCACAUUUAUCAUAGGGAUUCAUUGUUCUGGCUCUGAACUGUUUGGUCCCUGAUACUAAUAGCUGAUGUUAAUUCCAUGUUAGCUGGUCUAUAUUUGUGGUUUUAAGUUUAUAAUUCUGUUUUUUUAGUUCAUAUUUGUGGUUUUAAGUUUAUAUUUGUUGGUUUUAAGUUUAUAUUUGCGGUUUUAAGUUCCUAAUUCUGGUUUUAAGUACAUAUUUGCCGAUGUUAAGUCUAUAAUGCUGCUUUUAAGUUUCACCA